AAAUGGCCGGGCGCGGUGGCUCACGCUUGUAAUCCCAGCACUUUGGGAGGCCGAGGCGGGCGGAUCACGAGGUCAGGAGAUCGAGACCACAGUGAAACCCCGUCUCUACUAAAAAUACAAAAAAUUAGCCGGGCGUGGUGGCGGGCGCCUGUAGUCCCAGCUACUCGGAGAGGCUGAGGCAGGAGAAUGGCGUGAACCCCAGAGGCGGAGCUUGCGGUGAGCCGAGAUUGCGCCACUGCACUCCAGCCUGGGCGACAGAGCGAGACUCCGUCUCAAAAAAAAAAAAAAAAAAAAAAAAAAAAAAAAAAAAAAUUAGCUGGGUGUGAUGGUGCGUACCUGUGGUCCCAGCUACUUGGGAAGCUGGGGCGGGAGAAUCACUUGAGCCCAAGAGUUCCAGGCUGCAGUGAGCUGUGAUCAUGCCACUGCACUCUAGCCUGAGCAACAGAGCAAGACUCAGUCUCAAGAAAAAAAAUUUUAAAUAAAUAAAUCAGUAAAAUAAAGCUGGGUAUAGUGGCUCAUGCCUGUAAUCUCAGCACUUUGGGAGGCUGAGGUGGGUGAAUUGCUUGAGGCCAGGAGUUUGAGACCAGCCUGGCCAACAUGGUGAAAUUCUGUCUUUACCAAAAAUACAAAAAUUAGUGGGGUGUUGUACUAGGCACCUGUAAUCCCAGUUACUUGGGAAGCUAAGGUGCAAGAAUCACUUGAACCUGGAAGGGGGAGGUUGCAGUGAGCCAAGAUCGUGCCACCGCACUAUAGCCUGGGUGACAGAGCAAGACUCAGUCUCGAAAAAAAAUAAAAUAAAUAAAAUAAAUACAUAAAUACAUAAAAUAAAGAGGUAUGAAUUUCAUUAAACAGUUUAUCUGGAAUAACCUAGACAUGAGGUUGGGCGCGGUGGCUCACGCUUGUAAUCCCAGCACUUUGGGAGGCCGAGGUGGGUGGAUCACGAGGUCAGGAGAUCGAGACCACGGUGAAACCCUGUCUCUACUAAAAAUGCAAAAAAAAUUAGCUGGGCGUGGUGGUGGGCACCUGUAGUCCCAGCUACUCGGAGAGGCUGAGACAGGAGAAUGGCGUGAACCCGGGAGGCGGAGCUUGCAGUGAGCCAAGAUCGAGCCACUGCAUUCCAGCCUGGGCGACAGAGCGAGACUCUGUCUCAAAAAAAAAAAAAAAAAAACCUAGACAUGAGUCCACAGAUGGCUUUUAUGGUUUCAUAGCUGUCUCUCAUAGCUUCGGUGAGUUUGUCUUCUGACUUUCAGUCAUGUGCUUGUAAACUCAACAUGAAACUCCCUCUUCCCAGCUGCGCUUCUGACUGCUCUAACUUUUCAGACAAAUCAAAGACCCAACCAGUGCUAUAGUCUACAUUGCUAAGCCUGCUCGAGGAACUCGGUGUAUUCGCCUAGGAUUUAGUCCAUGAACGCUCAAGCAAUUUGCAAUCCAAAGAAGAUCUGAAAUAUGAGACUUCCGAGGCAUCGUAUGCUCACCAGUUUAUGAUAAAGGAUGUUUCAGAGGAUACAGAUGAAAGUGAGGAAUGGGGGGAGGGGGCAGAGCUCCCACGCCCUCCUGGGGCAUCGCCCUCCAGGAACCUCCACGUGUUCAGCUGUACAGAAGCUCGAAAAAUGUACCAUAUCUUGCUCUUGGUGGAGGUCACAGGAGUAUACACGAAGGUAAAUUAUGUCUCAAUAAAGUGCUGGGGAGAAAGCAAUGAAGCACUGACAUAUGCUACACCAAGGAUGAACCUGGAAAACAUCAUGCUGAGCAAAAGAAGCCAGACACAAAAGGCCGCACAGUGUAUGAUUCUGUUUACAUGUAAUGUCCAGAAUAGUUUAUUGUCUUCGGAGAUAACACCCUCGUUGCGAGGGAGUAAAAUUUUAAAGGUAAAACAAACAGGAAACGAGCGUUGGCGGCGAAUCUGCUGCUACCAAUGUAAAGGUCAGGCCGAGGCCGGCGCGGAGAAUCUGCUGUCGCCUGCAGCUGCUCGCCUGUCUCGGUCGGAAGGGAGCCCAAGCUUUGCUGAGGUGAGUGGAAGCGGUUCGGAGGGAGCGGGCCCCACGCCGGGGAGAAGGAAGAAGGAGUGCGGCCCAGACGCUGUGCUCGCGCUUGUGUGA